CCCGUAUCAACACAGGGGCUAAAGUUCAUUCCGAAUCCCCUGAGCUAAUACUGGCAGAUACAACUUUGCAUUAAAAACGGACUACUAACCUCAAUUGUUUGCACAGCUGAGUUGUUGCAUUGGAUUUUUCGCCAAUUUCUGCAGGAGUUCGUUUCAUGCGACGCUAAACAUGUUUUCUUCCAUUAAAAUUGCUAAUAAAACUCGAGUAGUCUUCGGUGGAUCUCAAGUUUUUAAAACGUGUGCUUCUCAGAGAGUCGUGCAAUGGGGAACCGUUGACGGGAAUCAGACCAGUGUGUCUUGUACACGGCGAAUGUCCGGGAAAGGUUUCAAUGUCCCACCGAGCGCGGAGUUUGUGGCGAGAGUAAGCGGAAUCGCGACUAUGUUCAAACUGCCGUUUCAGAAAACAGCGGACGGACUGGACGCGGCGUUUGUCGGUGUUCCUAUCGACACCGGAACAUCCAACCGACCCGGUGCAAGGUUUGGUCCGAGGCACAUCAGGGCAGAAUCUGCUAUGAUAAGGGCAUACAGUGGCUGGACAAGAGCGGCCCCGUACGAAUCAAUAAGAGUGGCAGAUAUCGGUGACAUCAACGUCAACCUUUUUGACCUGAAGGACACAUGCAAAAAAAUACGUGAGGCUUACCGUGAAAUUGUGGCCACGGGCUGCAUCCCACUAACACUGGGAGGUGAUCAUACAAUUGCAUACCCGAUUCUUCAAGCAGUUGCUGAGAGACAUGGUCCAGUGGGCCUAAUACACGUGGAUGCCCAUGCAGACACUAGUGACAUGAUUCUGGGUGAGAAGAUUGGCCACGGGACCCCUUUCAGGCGCUGUGUGGAUGAGGGGCUCCUGGACUGCAAGAGGGUCGUCCAGAUCGGGCUUAGAGGGUCGGGUUAUACUCCAGAUAAUUAUGAGUGGAGCCGAGCACAGGGUUUCCGUGUAGUCGAGGCUGUGGAGUGCUGGCACAAAUCUCUUGUCCCUCUCAUGGAGGAGGUUCGCUCACAGAUGGGAAAUGGACCUGUCUAUCUCAGCUUUGACAUAGACAGUCUGGACCCUGCAUUCGCUCCUGGGACAGGAACGCCCGAGAUCGCGGGUCUCACACCCAUUCAGGGUCUGGAAAUCAUCCGAGGUUGUCGAGGUCUUAAUCUUGUCGGUUGUGAUUUAGUUGAGGUUUCUCCACCUUAUGACACCACAGGAAACACUGCUUUGACUGGUGCCAACCUCCUUUUUGAGAUGAUGUGUGUCCUUCCGAAAGUCAAAUACUAUUGAUUGCUUUAUUUUUCUAAGAUGAAAUGUCCCAGGUAAUUGCACAGUGACAUGAUUUAUGUACAAAAUCAGUAUUAAUAUUAUUUUCACUAACAGAAACCUUUAUUUGGAGUAGCAAAACAGUGUCAUACCGUCACAAUUUAUGAUAACAACCCUUCAUAUUUAUGAAUUGUGGGGGAAAUUAAAUAAAACAUUUUUUUUUUCACAAAAUUAUGGAAAUAAAACUUUUCAUAUUUAUUUGAUAUAGUUUUCAAUCCAUUUUUAAUGUAUUAAUAAAUAAAAUUGAUUAUAUAAUAACAUGAUAGAGUAUUAAUAUUUUACACCACAUACAUGAAAUAUAUUUAGUCAUACAGAGUUAAUAAGCCAUGAAAAUUUGGCAUGAUAUAAUGCUGACUAUCUUAAAUUUAAGAUAUUUACUAGCGCAUCGCAAAACAUAUAUAAUAAAAUGCUAAUAUAGAACAUUGGCACAAAUACCGCAUUAUUAAUUAUGAAGUAUAAUGAAUGUUCAUUGAACACCAUAUGAAUAAAGUAAUAUUAUUCAUCACUCAGAAUGCGUCAGUAAUGGAAGACUUCAUACAGGAGUGGAUUGAACUCACCCACACCUUUCUGUGCAUAUGUGAUGCUAAUCAAAAAUACAUUAACCACUAAAUCCUGCUAACAAAUUGAAACAUCCCAACAUAAAGGAGACAAACAGCCUUUCACAGCAAACAUAAAAUGCAUAGUACAAAAUAUGUAUUAUUAUUUCUUCUCUACAUAUUGUUGAGAAUAUGUUUUGCAUGCCACAGCACAUCUUUAAAGAACGCAACUGGAAACUCUACAGAACUCUGGCACUAUUAGUCAAUCUUAAGGCUUCACCUGCUCAUUUGUUAGCUGCACUAUAUAGCUGUAUCUGACUUGUAAAGGUCAAUAAAGAGCUUUACUUACACUAUCCAUCUGGUUAGAACAUCUCAAAUCUUUCUUAUAUUUUUAGAGACACAAACCCAUAUGAUAUCUUUACAUACACAUUUAAUAUAAUCAUGUAACUAUUUACAACUUGUGACUGAAACACGGUUCAUAUUUUACAGGUAUUGCUGUAAAGUCAUGCCAGUUUGUGUUAAAAGUUUCAAAAUAAAAGACUAAAAUCUUUAAAAGCCAUAUUGUAGUCACAAUUGUUUACAACGAAAUAAUGUUAAAAUUAUCAAAAAUGUUUAAAAUGGCACUGUUUUUAAAGAGAAAUUAUAAAUUAAAGUAGCCCAAGUAUUUUAUUUUAUUUUAUUUUUAUUUGGCCUAAAAUUACUUUUUGGUAAGGAAUUGCAAGUGAAACGUUUUAUAACAAAAAACAAACAAAUGUGUAACACUUCAAGGUUAGCAUUAGUUAAUGCAAUUAGUUAAUGCAUUAGGCUAACAUAUUUUUUAUCAAUUUUCAAAUGAUAAAAAUGUUAGUAUAUGUGCUGUAGAAAUGUACUUUAUCCAUGUAUCCAUCCAAUAAAUGCUGUAAAAGUA